AUGGAUUUGAUAGGAGCUUACUCUGACUCGGACUCAGAAGAAGAACAGCCGGAGGUAGAAGCAGAAGAACCAGAAGUACAAAAGGUCAAGCCAAAAGUGAGACUGCCUCCACCAGACCUGACCACUGCGUCAACUCGAGCAGAUGAAGUGAAGAAAGUUAUUUACAGAUCGCAAGACUCCGUCUUUGUCAGCAACUACGAUCGAGAAGAGCAAGCAGCGCGCAAAGUUUUGGAGCAACAUGUCGCACUCACUGACAAUCAAGCGCACAAGUUUGAGAAAGAACGAGACGGGAAGAAGAUUUGCUGGAAUUUCAGGAAAGGGCGAUGCUAUAAAGGUCACAAUUGCCCGCUAUAUCACGACGGCGAUUUGAAGAAUACAGUAGUAGCAGAGAAAAACAUUGACCAGCACGUCCGAAUUGCGAAUCGAGGUCCAAGCGACAGUGAUAUGAAGCGCUUGCUCGCAGCUGAUCAUGCAGACGAUGAGCCAGGUCAAAUCGCUAGAAAGAAGAAGCGGCAUGGACUGACUGACAAACUUGCUCCUGUGAAAGGAGCGAUGAAGAAUCUGGAAGAGCUCGAUCGAAAGCGAAAUCCUCACAGAUACAUGCCCCAAAAACUGCCCGAUAAUGCUGUGAUAAAACAGUUUCCAAAAUAG